AUGAGCGACGACAAGGCGGACCUUUUACGGUUCGCAAAUGAAUAUGCAGACAAAAACAUCGACCUCUACGAGCUCCUCGGCGUGGAUGCCCUCACGCCCAAGGAAGAUGUCCACCGAGCUUGGAGAAAAGCGUCUCUGAACUACCAUCCCGACAAGGCGCGUGAAAAGUUCGAUGCAGCAAAAUGGGAGCUAUUCGAGAGGGCCAGGGAUAUCCUGUCCGAUCCCAAUGCGCGUGCGGCUUACGACCAGUCUCUCAAGGCCAAGCUGCUGCGCAAACAAGAGCGCGAGGCGAUGGACAAGGAGCACCAAAGGUUCGCCGAUGACCUCGAGGCCCGCGAAAAUGCCCACAGACAGCGGAUGCAAGAGCAGCAGCAGCGGGACCAGGAGAAGCUAGCCAAGGAACGAGAGCGGCUGGCAGAAGCGCAGCGCAUGCACGACGAAGAGAAGAGACGGCAGGCUGAGGCGGCUGAGGCAGCGGCUGAGGCGGCGCAGAAAUUGGAGGACAUAGCCGAGGCCAGGCGACGACUAAAGGAGAGGAAAGAGGACAAGGCAAGGAGGAAGCAGGUCAAGAAGUCACUCAAGGCCACAGGUGGUAUCAAAAAGCCGCCCGGGCCUGCCAACGGCACCGUUCUCGUUCCUGGCGAUUACGUUGUAGAUGUCGGUGCGGUUAAGAAGAAGUACUGGGAACUGGUUUGCGACAAGCUGCGGGCCGUUCAAGCAGUGAGGAACCUACAGAAGCUUGAUGUGACGGACAGCCAGGAGCUCGAAGAUGCCGAGAAGAAGAUGAUUGAGGCGCGACAGCGCAUUCAUGAGGCGGAGAUGAAGUUUCAGCAGGACACGACAGCCGUCUAA